ACACUUUGAAAGCGAUUUCCAGAUAAAUUAUUGGAAAAACCGCAACCGUAGCCCAUAUCUUAUCAGCAGUUGGAUUCGUAAUUUUAUCAAACUGUGUCGGCUUCCAUUUGUGUGUUAACUGGAAGCGUUUGUCGUUUCAAAACAGUCACCGAGAACCGUAGAAUGAAUCCGGUAAACCUGCCGCGUUAUGUCAAAGAUGGCAUCGAACGGGCCGCAGAAAAGUUACAGUUCGGUCGGCAGCACACCGUGGAUUUCGAUUUCCGAAAUGUCCACAGCUCGGGGUCUGUAUCGAUUAUAUACCAGAUUACGAUUCGUGAAGAUUUGAGGGAGGUAGCAUUGCUGUGUAAAGUACCUCCACCGGAAGCUGACGAAGGGUUGUUGGCGAUGUUCGAGCGAGAAGUUUUUGUUUAUCAGCAGCUUCUUCCGACGAUGGCACAAUUCCUACAGGAACAAGACAUUCCGGAAACGUUAGAGGAUUUUGUGUUUUCUCCCACGUGUUACCAUGCCUACUUUGAUCGGAAACGAAGGGAAGGUAUUUUGAUUCUGGAGAAUACCACGCGCCGGUUGUUCGAAAAUCGAAGCAAGCCGGAGUCAAUCGACUAUGAUCACGGUCGCUUGGCGAUGGUUCAGCUGGGUCGUUUCCAUGCCAUUUCCUUGGCACUUAAAGAACAACAUUUGGCAAUUUUCGAAAAACUGCAAGAAGAACUAGGGGAUGUUACUGACGAUCGGGUAGAAUCCAUUCCCGGUUUUAAGGAAACAAUGGAACAAGCGUUCGAUAAAGCUGCCGAAACCUUGAACGUCCAUGAAACCAGUAAGAAAGAGAAGUUAUCCAAGUUGAAGCAAACAUUCGUAGAAGAACUUAAGGUUAUUGCCGAUAUCGAAUCGUCGGAACCCUUCUGCGUGGUCUGCCAUGGGGAUUACAGCGCCAGCAAUCUUAUGUACAGCUACAAUGGUGGUUUCCCAAAUCGACUUAUGAUGUUAGAUUGGCAGCUAACCAGAUACGGGUCACCGGCACUAGAUUUCCUGCACUUUAUGUUCCUCAGUACGGAUGAAUCCUUCCGGCGGCAUCAUUACGACAACAUGCUGCAGACCUAUCAGAACGCUCUGCGCGAUAAUUUGGAACGCUUGGGAGGGGAAAAUGCCACUGAGCGAUUUCCGCUGACAACACUGAUGCGACUUAUACGAUCCCAGGCCAAGUAUGCGAUCAUUAUGGCCAUGGUUCAAAUUCCGUUGGUAUUGCAAGCUAGUCCGGAUACUGCAGACGAACUAGAACAGAAACAAACGACGACAGAAUCGUUUGACAAGCGGUAUCAAACUCGAAUGCAAGGCCUACUGAGAGACGUCUUCCGGCUGGGAUACUUGUAACUUUGAAGUUCUCUUUUGACGAUGGUUUAUUAUUGGAAUGCAGUAAAAUCAGACUA